AUGAUGUCACAACUUUUUGUCUUUCUCUCUUUUGCGUUUCUUACAUCGGCAGCUCCCAUAUUUAAUUCAGGAAUCACUAAAAAUAUUUCAUUAAACACUACUAGUAGUAGUAAUGAACUUCAAAACCAAAAACCAUCUAUAGUCAACGGUAAAUUUCCACAAAGGCAAAGAAAGGAGCCGUAUUAUGUUUUGUGGUUAUCAGCAUCAGCGCAGCAGACCGAUGGAAUUACCGAUGGUAUCCAACCAAUCUCAUCAAUUGGUCAAGAAACUGAUACCACGAAUAGUCUUUGGUCAUCUGUAUCAGUGCAACAGACAGGUAGAACUAGCAAUGAUACUCAACCAACACCAUAUGUAGUUCAAGCAAUUGAUACUAACAAUAGCCUAUCGUUACCCACAUCAGUCCAACAGACAAGUGGAACUAACAGUGAUACUCAACCAACACCAUUUGUAGUUCAAGGAACUGAUAAUAACAAUAGUCCAUCGUUAUCAACACUAGCGCAACAGAUGGGUGAAAGUAACAAUGAUAUACAGUUAACUCCAUUAGUAGAUGUAGGAACUGACACUAACAAUAGUUCGUGGUCAUCUCCACCAGUCCAACAAACAGGUGGACUCAUCACUGAUACUCGACCAACGCCACUUGUCGUUCAAGGAACUGAUACCACAAAUAGUCCUUUGCUACCUGUAUCAGUCCAGCAGACAAGUGAAGCUAACAGUGAUAUUCAGCCAACAUCCAUUGUAGUUCAAGAAACUAAUGCCAACAAUAGUCUAUCAAAAGGUCAAGGAAACGAAAGCAAUAAAACUUCAGAAGUAACGGAACCAGUAUCGGAAAAUAUAUCUUUUUACAAUGAAACUUCUCAAGAAAAUGCGUCUGGUAGUACAUCAAAAUUGGAAGACAGAAAUUCAUUUUCUGGUGGUAGAACAUGA